CUUCAUUCAUCACUGCCCUAGAGUCCAAACAAAGAGAGAAAGCCUGGUUAUAUAAUCAUUCACCACUCUGCUCAAAACUAGAAAUUUUUUUAGACAAACAACAAUCUCUUUUUUCAGAAUCCAAAGCUUCCAAUCAUGAACAUGUUUUCGAACAAAGAAAUGCCUUCUCCAUCAUCACUGUUCUCUGCCUAUGCCUCCAUGGCAGCCUCAAUGAUGCUCUUUAGGUCCAUGGCCAAUGAGCUCAUACCUCAUCCAGUUAGGGGCUACCUUGUCUCUAGCCUCCGAUACCUUUUCAAAACUCACUCCCCUAAGCUAACCCUAGUCAUAGAGGAAUCAAACGGCAUAUCUCGCAACCAAGUCUAUGAAGCUGCAGAGAUAUACUUGUGCACAAAAAUCAGUUCCAACACGGAGAGGAUCAGAGUUAGCAAAAGCCCAAAGGGGAAGAGCUUGACGAUUCGACUCGAGAAAGGAGAGAAGCUGGUUGAUUUCUAUGAAGGGAUUGAGCUCAAGUGGAGGUUUAUUUGUGCAGAGUCACAACAGAAAGACCCCAAUGAUCCAUUUUCUCCUCCGAGGUCCGAGAAGCGGUUCUUUGAGCUAACAUUCCACAAGAAGCACAAAGACAGAGUUUUGGAUUGCUAUGUGCCUUAUGUUCUUGAAAGAGCCAACGCCAUGAAAGAUGAAGAGAGGGUUUUGAAGAUGUACACACUAAAUUCCUGCCACCCUUACAAUGGCGUCAAAUGGGAGUCCAUCAAUCUCGAACACCCUGCAACUUUUGAGACGGUGGCCAUGGACCAAGACCUCAAGAAUGCAGUUAUUGAGGAUCUUAACAGAUUUGUGAAGAGGAAGGAGUUUUACAAGAAAGUAGGAAGGGCUUGGAAAAGAGGGUACUUGUUGUAUGGCCCUCCAGGCACUGGCAAAUCAAGCUUGGUUGCAGCCAUGGCUAAUUAUCUCAAGUUUGAUGUCUAUGACUUGCAGCUUGCCAACAUAUUUCGUGACUCGGACCUGAGAAAAUUGCUGCUGGGCACCGCGAACCGGUCGAUUCUUGUGAUUGAAGACAUUGAUUGUAGUGUUGAGCUGCCUGAUCGUCGACAUGGAGAUGGAAGAAAGCAACCUGAUGUUCAGUUGACACUAUCGGGACUGCUAAACUUCAUAGAUGGCUUAUGGUCUAGCUGUGGAGAUGAGAGGAUCAUAAUAUUCACCACUAACCACAAGGAGAGGCUAGACCCUGCUCUUCUGCGCCCGGGCCGCAUGGACAUGCAUAUCCACAUGUCCUACUGCACUUACCAUGGCUUCAAACUCUUGGCCUCAAACUACUUGGGCAUUCAUAACCACCACCACCUCUUCGGAGAAAUCGAAGACUUGAUGAAGGAAACAGAUGUGACUCCGGCACACGUUGCAGAAGAGUUGAUGAAGAGUGAAGAUGUUGAUGUUGCACUCGAAGGACUUGUCAAGCUUUUAAAGAGGAAAAAAUUGGAAGGUGAUGAAUUUGAGGAUGAGGCUGAAAAGAAGAAUGCAGCUCAAGCAGCAAAGAGGCAGAAAACAGGAAAGCAACAAAGGAAACCUGUGAGGAAUAAUAGAAGAAACAGCACCAAGAGAACAAGCAACCGCUUAUCUGCUAAGAAAACCAUUUUGUAUUAGACUAAUCUGCUUUGGAUAAAGAUUGUCUCUGAUCCUAAUACCAAAACACUGAUGCUAGAUUUUGGGGCUUUGUUUCACCACUCUUUAGUUUGCCACAGGGUUGCCUUGCCCUUCUUGGGAAUCUAUGUUGUGAAAUAAAUGAGUAUGGUCAUAUUAACAUUAAUGGCAAAAAGCUUUCUUUCAGCUGUUAAAAA